UCCACCCCUUCCCGUCUACUUUUCAGUCUCUCGAGCUCCGACGAUUACCGGGAUUUCUAGAACCAGAACCCCAGAGAGCUAGCGAGAGAGAGAGAGGAGAAGAGAAGGAGAGGAAGAUGGGGAAAAAAGGGCAGAAGAAGGGGAAGGGGUCGCAAGAGCAGCAAGCCCCCGUCUCGGAGACGGCUCGUAUUCAAUUGAGCAAAACUCUUGAGGAUUUCCGCAACUCCGAGGCGCAAGCAUACACAUUUGAACCUGGAUUAUCAAGAUUUGAACGUGCUGCAAUACAUGUAAUGUGCAGGAAGAUGGGUAUGGUUUCAAAAAGUUCUGGGUAUGGAGAUCGACGGCGUCUUUCUGUUUAUAAAACUAAAAAGAAAAAAGGAUCUAAUAAGGAGGAAGAAUCUACUGUUUCUUUGAAGUUUCAGGGAGAGACAAGCAAUGUGCUCCAUGAUUUAUUCACUCAGUAUCCUCCAGAUGAUGGAGAGUUGUGUGAACCCCCACUUGAAAAUGGCACCCAGAAGGCUGAUCAAGGGCAGUGGAAGCAAGAUUCUUGCUUUUGCAAGCCAUUGAUGCAUAAGGCUGACAUAGAAAACAAGCUUGAGUUAUAUGCCUCGAGAAUAAAUGGGAGUCCGCACUUGAAAAAGGUCACACAAGACAGAGCUAAACUUCCUAUUGCAUCCUACAAGGAUGUGAUUACAUCAACAUUGGAGUCUCAUCAGGUGGUCUUGAUAUCUGGUGAGACUGGAUGUGGCAAAACUACUCAGGUUCCACAGUAUAUUUUGGAUGAUAUGUGGGGGAAAGGCAAGGCCUGUAAAAUUGUGUGUACACAGCCAAGGCGGAUAUCUGCCAUUUCAGUUGCUGAGAGGAUCUCAUAUGAAAGAGGAGAAUCUGUUGGAGAUACUGUUGGAUACAAGAUACGGAUGGAGUCAAAAGGUGGGAAAAACUCGUCAAUAAUAUUCUGCACGAAUGGUAUUCUUCUAAGAGUACUGGUUAGCAGAGGGGCAGAUAUAUCAAAUGCAGAUGCCACAAGCAAACCUUUGAAAGAUGGCCUUAAGGAAAUUACCCAUAUAGUUGUGGAUGAAAUUCAUGAAAGGGACAGGUUUUCUGAUUUUAUGCUGACAAUAUUAAGAGAUUUGUUGAAUUUCUGUCCCCACCUACAUUUGGUGCUUAUGAGUGCGACAAUAGAUGCUGAGCGGUUUUCACAGUAUUUUGGUGGUUGCCCGAUAAUACAGGUCCCUGGAUUUACUUACCCUGUCACGGCUUACUAUUUGGAGGAUGUGCUCUGUAUCUUGAAAUCAAAAAGUGACAAUCACUUGAACACCCCUUUCAUAAGCAAUGAGGCAGAGGAUGCUCUGUUGACCGAAGGGUACAAAGCUGCACUUGAUGAAGCAAUCAACUUGGCAUUGUCAAGUGACGAGCUUGAUCCUUUACUGGAACUAGUUUCUGCUGAGGCAAGUCCAAACAUAUUCAACUACCAGCAUGCUUCAACUGGUGUCACUCCACUGAUGGUGUUUGCUGGGAAAGGUAAACUUGGUGAAGUCUGUAGGCUCCUUACAUAUGGUGCUGACUGCUCUUUGAGAGCAAAGGAUGGUAGCACUGCACUCGACUGGGCUCAAAGGGAGAAUCACCUCCAAGCUUGUGAAGUUAUAAAAAAACACAUAGCAAAAGAUAUACCUAAGUCAGUGGAAGAGGAAGAGCUACUUAACAACUAUUUGACGGGCAUCAACCCAGAACACAUUGAUAUUUCACUUAUAGAGCGAUUAUUAAGAAAAAUCACCACAGAUUCUAGUGAAGGAGCUAUAUUGAUUUUUCUUCCAGGCUGGGAUGACAUAAAUCAAACUAGAGGGAGGUUAUUUUCUUCUUCCUAUUUUAGGGACUCUUCGAAGUAUGUAAUUCACUCUCUUCAUUCUAUGGUUCCUUCUGCGGAGCAGAAGAAGGUUUUCAAACAGCCUCCUGCAGGUGUCCGUAAAAUUAUUCUCUCAACUAACAUUGCUGAGACUGCAGUUACCAUUGAUGAUGUUGUAUAUGUUAUUGACAGUGGUCGAAUGAAAGAGAAGAGUUAUGAUCCUUAUAAUAAUGUCUCUACUCUCCAUUCCUCAUGGGUUUCUAAAGCCAGUGCAAGGCAACGUGAAGGACGUGCUGGGCGUUGUCAGCCUGGAAUUUGUUACCAUCUUUUCUCCAAGGCUCGGGCAAAUUCCUUGCUAGAUUACCAAGUUCCUGAGAUAAAAAGGAUGCCAAUUGAAGAAUUAUGUUUGCAGGUGAAAUUGCUUGAUCCGAAUUGUAAUAUAACAGAUUUUCUUCAGAAAACUUUGGAUCCUCCAAUUCUUGAAACUAUACGCAAUGGAAUUGUUGUUCUUCAAGAUAUUGGUGCUUUAACCCACGAUGAAAAGCUCACUGAGCUUGGGGAGAAAAUGGGUUUUCUUCCUGUUCAUCCAUCAACAAGCAAGAUGCUUUUGUUUGCCAUCUUGAUGAAUUGUCUUGAUCCUGCGCUAACUCUAGCUUGUGCAUCAGACUUCAGAGAUCCGUUUAUUUUACCCAUGGCACCAGAUGAGAAGAAAAAGUCAGCACUUGCCAAAGUUGAGCUCGCUUCCUUGUAUGGUGGAUAUAGUGAUCAGCUUACUAUUGUUGCUGCCUUUGAAUGUUGGCGGCAAGCAAAAAAAAGGGGUGAGGAAAAAGAGUACUGUUCCAGAUAUUUUGUCUCCCCAAAUAUCAUGAAGAUGUUAUUUCUUAUGCGCAAACAACUUCAAAAGGAACUUGUUAAAAUUGGAUUCAUUCCCAGCGAUGUUUCCUGCUGUAGCUUGAAUGCCAAAGAUCCAGGAAUCCUAAGGGCUGUCCUGUUGGCAGGUGCUUAUCCCAUGGUGGGAAGAUUGCUUCCCCGCCGCAAACAAAAUAGGCGGGCUGUUGUGGAGACAGCUAGCGGUGCUAAAGUUAGCUUGCACCCUCACUCUUCUAAUUUCAACUUGUCAUUUAGUAAAUCUGUUGGUUCCCCGCUUAUCAUUUAUGAUGAGAUAACUCGUGGUGAUUCGGGGAUGUACAUCAAGAACUGCUCAUUAGUUGGACCAUACCCCUUGCUUUUAUUGUCAAUGGAAUUGGUUGUUGCCCCUCCAGAUGAUGAUGAUGAUGACAGUGAUGAAGAUGCAGAAGUUUCCAGUGGGGAGGAAGAUGAUGAGGGUACAGAUAUACCAUCUUCUGGGCAUCGCAGCAAGCAAAUCAUGUCUUCACCGGAGAAUGUUGUUACAGUUAUUGUUGAUCGAUGGCUUAAGUUUGACUCAACUGCACUGGAUGUUGCUCAGAUAUACUGCCUUCGAGAGAGAUUAUCUGCGGCAAUCUUAUUUAAAGUCAAAUAUCCGCGGGAAGUUUUGCCUCCAGCCCUUGGCGCUUCAAUAUUUGCCAUUGCCUGCAUCCUAUCAUAUGAUGGGUUGUCAUGCAUACCACCACUGCCUGAUGAUCCACCACCAACGAUUGAUGUGGAUAGCAAAGGCUGGUCUAUUCCAGAUAAUCGACUGAAGGGUCAGAGUUCUAGUACCAGAUCCAUUGAAUACUUGCAAUCUCUAAUGUAUGACCAGGCCCGAAUUAUCCAUCCCCAUUCACGCAUGCUCCGGGCUGUGACAUUCUCCAAUGGUGGUCCUCUCACAACACCUCCUAACAAUCAAGCUGAGCUGCCUUACUUGAAUCCCCAGUCUCAAGCCCCACCAGCUUCAAGCAACCCUGCUCCUGCAAAAAAAUCCAAGAAAAGGCGACGAGGCAGUGGCACCUGGAAACGCAAGUCCAAGUCUAUUGAAAAACCUACUGACAUAAUUACUGAAACUAAAGCUUAAGUUCUCUGUAUCCAGAUCAAAUGGUGGAGAAGAAGAUAACACUUGAUGCAGUGGAGAUCAAUCAGUUGUGCUUAAUUGGAAAAAUCAGUCAUCAUCAGUGUGAGCUCUGCAGUUGGUCUCCCAAUUGAAGUGUUGGUGUCUCCAUUGCUACUUGGAAUCAUACUCUUUUUUUAUGAGGUUUCCCAACAAAAUGAAAAGAUCCAAGAAAUCAACACAAGGGCUGCAAGGUUGCUGGAACUUAUCUUCCGUUGGUAUUUCGUUUCUCAUUUCUCAGCAUUAUCUACACAGCUGUCUAAAUUAAGUUUUUUCUUGAAAGAUUACUCCUGAUCUUAUUAAUCUUCUGUAUAAUUCUUUGUCAGACCAUCAGAUUCCUGUUGUUUAAACUAGCAUUUGUUUUCCUGA